GAUUUUUUUCAGCAUCGCGUUCGCAGCCCCUCCAAGCACGACCAGGAAACGGUUCUGAAUUGGGCCUCUUUUCCCACCACUCCUCGACAGACCUGGUUGAACUAGGUUUUGGCGACACCCGCGGGCAGUAGUCAAAAUGUCUGACGAAAUCGUUUGGCAAAUUAUAAACCAACAGUUUUGUGCUUUUAAGCUCAAGACAACCAAAGGGAACAACUUCUGCAGGAAUGAAUACUCAGUGAGCGGCUUGUGCAAUCGGCAAAGUUGCCCCCUCGCCAACAGCCGGUAUGCGACGAUAAGGACGUCCCCCAAAGGGACAAUUUAUCUCUACAUUAAGACGAUCGAAAGAUCGCACAUGCCCUCGAAAUGGUGGGAGAAGAUCAAGCUCUCCAAGAACUACCAAGAAGCGCUCCAACAAAUCGAAGGCCGGCUGCAGUACUUCCCGAAAUUCCUCCUCCACAAAUGCAAGCAACGUCUUACCCGGCUGGUCCAAGUGGCGACGCGCAUGCGCAGGAUAGCAGCGGAGGAGACUAGGCUGGGCGAGCAGCUCGUGCCCAAGAUGGCGCCCAAGAUCAAACACCGCGAGGAGGCUAGGGAGCGCAAGGCGUUGAUGGCGGCGAAGCUGGAGCGGACGAUCGAGAGAGAGCUGCUCGAGAGACUGCGGCAGGGCGCAUACGGCGACAUGCCGCUCAACUGCAACGCCAACAUCUGGAAGAAGGUCCUGAAUGCGCUCGAGACGGAGGGAGAGGGUGUCCGCGACAAGGAUCUGGACAAGGGCAUCGAAGACGAGGACGAGGACGAGGAUGAAGUCGAGAAAGAGAUGGAAGAGGAGGACGAGGAAGAGGAUGGCGCGGUGGAGUACGUCUCUGACUUUGAUGAGAGUGAAGACGAGGAACUGGCCGACAUUGAAGACUGGCUGGGCAGCGACGAGGACGACGACGAGGAUGACGAUGUCGAGGAGGAUAGCGAGGAGGACGACGAGGAAGAAGUCAACAAGAAGAAGACGGGCGACAAGCGGAAGAGAGGCCGCGCGGUCAAGCCCUCGGCACGGAAACGGAAAGAGAUCGAGGUGGAGAGGGAAACAGAGAGGGCAAAGCUGCUUGCAUUUUAGGUUGUUCUGGGACUAAGGAACGAACAGUUUGUUGAUAUCAGCAGGAGCCCAUCGUUAAUGAAGCCAUACCAUCGCACAAACCAUGACGCAAGUGCCACACUUGUUCAUGAAGCGGGAUCGUCCUGAA